AUGAGUUGCAAAGUGAAUGUAAACUUGACGCUGUCCAAGAAUUUUUCUCAGGUCAUUCAAAGCUGCUUUGAAAUAAGUGAUAAUAACUCUCAAGUCGUACUGAAAAUAGCAGAUCUUGACAACUAUGACUCGCAGUUCAAGUUGAUGACUUCUGUAAUUUUUUCAAAAUUUUUGAACACUACUAGGACCGGUUCUGCUCAUCGGCAAGCUGGAAUUUCAAUUCGCACCUUUCUAUCCAGCAUGGCCGUCUCAGUGAUUUAUUUCCUGGUGCAAGUGCUGAUAUUUACAAUCCUGAGGGGGAGGCUCCGAUACAUCUAUCAAGCAUCCGUUCUCCAGGGCUCCAAAGAUGAUCGCGAACAAUCGAAACCCCGUAUGAGUUUUUUCAAAAGGAGUUUCUCGUGGAUUCACACAGUACUUUGCACACCAUUGGAAAAUUAUCGCGAUAAGAUCGGUCUAGACGCUUAUUUUUUUUUGAGGUUUCUUCAAGUGCUUGCCUUCUUCUUUCUGACCCUAUCGCUAUUGAAUAUACCAAUUCUCAUUCCAAUCAAUUAUCGUUCCAGCGCUAAACAUGAAUCCAAUAAUAACGAAAAUCCCUUGCCAUGGCUUGAUAAGAUGAAUAUGUCUAAUCUAGUUGCACAAAAAUCCAGUAUGCUUGUUUUCCAUUUGAUUUUGAGUGCAUUUGUUGUGGUUUGGUUUCACGCUCUUUUGAUCAGUGAAUUGAGAUACGUAGGCCAAGUAACCACGCCAACUCGAAAUGAAAAGUCAUCAGUGAUCUUCAUUGAAAAAGUGCCGGAGAGUUUUAUGGGUGAUAAAGCAAAGAUCUUCUCAUACUUUGACAAGAUUUUUCCAGAAAGUGUUGUUGAUGUGAGAUUCCUUCCAAAAGCUUACAAACGUAUCCGGAAAAGUCACAGGAAGAUGUUGAAGAUAGAGAAAGACCUUGAGCGUACUGUAACGAAAAUUGUCAUCAAUAGGUUUUUCGAAAAUGCGGUAAAAGAAGCGAGCAAUCUCAACCAUGAACUAACGGGUACAAAUGCUAAUAAGUCUCUCUUGUUUCUAAACAGGUGGUCGUUUUAUUUCAAAACACCUGGGAGAUAUUCGAGUUUUAUCCAUGAUGUCAAGUGGAAAAAAAGCGAGUCAUAUAAUUGGUUAUAUCGGCCCAGCAUAAAGUUUGACUCAUUUUCAUACACUACACAUUUGUACUGCUGUGUUGAACGAACCAUCAGGCGUUACGGGAGUGUGUAUCGAGAGUGGAACAAAAAAUGCAAUGACCUUACGGCAUGGGAAAUGUCAAGGCCUGAUCUCGGUAACAAAAACUCUAACAAACAAGUAUAUGCUGAUAAGGCAUUCGUUAAGUUUUCUUCCUUAAACGUCGCUUCAGCUGUGGGAAAUUUGCUGCAACAAGGUAGCGAUCUUGAUUGGAAGAAUGUGUUUGUGGUACCAGAAUUGAAGGACGUUGUUUGGAGUAAUAUAAGUAUCUCACGAUCCAUUACCAAAUUCGUUAGGUCAGUACUAGCAGAUUUCUUGAGUGUCUUGAUAAUUAUUGGUUACAUUUUACCAGUUGCAUUGAUUGGGUUGGUAUCACAGAUACCCUACGUUGGCUCACUAAUACCAAUUACUCCACAGACGGGCAGACGCUCGGAAUUUUUUAACGAAGUGAUGGCGGGUGUUGUCCCGGUAAUCACUCUGAUUUUUCUGACCGAAUUCGUACCUUUCGUCUUUAGAUGGUUUAGUUACCUGCGAUGUAAAAGGACUGGUGCCGCUAUUGAGCUAGAUACUCAACAUUGGUUCUUUGCAUUUCUCUUUGUUCACGUAUUCCUGGUGGUAACUAUUUCCUCAAGUUUAUCCAUUGUGGUGGAAAAGAUAGUCAAUAGUCCUGUGAGUUUAGCGACAAUGCUCGCACAAGAUCUUCCCAAAAGUUCGAAUUUUUUUUGCUCAUUCAUACUCUUGAGGGGGUUCGCAUACUCUGGAGGGAAUUUGCUGCAACCUAAAGAACUGCUUGUUGAAAUCUACCAUAAACUCAAAAUAUACACUCCACAUGAGAGAGUGAAACGAAUGAAAAAUGUCCCAUGCUUUCAGUGGGGCUCAAUCUAUCCAAUAUUUUCGGUCUUGGGAUGCAUAGGUAUAAUAUACAGCGUCAUAUCUCCGCUGAUACUGCCAUUAAGCUGUAUUGCAUUUUCCCUUGUACUUUUUUCAUUCAAAUACCUCUUCGAGUUUCAAUACCAAGGAAAUAAUGUAUCAGAGACGUGGGGGAGAUUGUAUCCUGCCUCUUUGAUGCAACUGUACACCGGUAUUUAUUGUAUGGAGUUUUGUUUGAUUGGCCUUCUAGCCCUAGCUAAUUGCUUCACGCUUUGUAUCUUGAAGAUAUUGAUAUUUGGCCUCACCAUUCUUGCUCAUUGCAAAAUAUCGCAAUACUAUCUCUCUCGACUAGAUAGAUUCAACCUAACUGAGUACCAGCGAGAAAGUAACACUAUAACUCGGUCACUUGACCGAUAUAUUGUGUUUCCAUUUGUUGACUGUGAGCGGAAAGCCCAAAUAUGGGUGCCAAGAGAUAGUAACGGGAUCGCGAAGAAAGAAAUAGAUCAGAUGAAGCACCUCUAUGACAUUGAAUUUCGAACCGAUAAGUUCCACAUCACAAAAAAUGGUGCCGUAUCUUAUUGGUAA